AUGCUCUUCAAGACCACUCUCCUCUCCCUCCUCGCCGUCGUCUCGGCCACCGCCAUCCCCCGCACAUCCUCCACCGAAAUCAACAAGUGCCUCCCCGGUCAAAUCUCCAUCGGCGGCACAUGCUUCAAGGCCGGCGCCUUCUGCGGCGGCUUCGCCGGUAUCCCCUGCGCCGACAAGAACCAGAUCUGCGUUGACGACCCGCGCGAUGACUGCGACCCGAAGAACGGAGGCGCCGACUGCGGUGGCGUCUGCAUCGAGCCGCUGUUCUGCGGUGGAUUUGCCGGUAUUUCGUGCCCCAAGAGGUUGACUUGUGUGGAUGAUCCUAGGGAUGAUUGUGAUCCUGAGAAUGGUGGUGCGGACUGCGGUGGGAUUUGCGUUGCUUGA